AGAUAACUCCUCUGUCCUGUUACUCAACAAGAUGGCUACUGAAGGUGUAAAUAAGUGAAAGAAACGUGAUGGUGAAGAUGAUUUCUUCUAUAACCGAUGUCUCUUGGGUCUAUUUUAAAGAAAUUUUAGGUUAUUUUAGUUGAUAUGAAUUUAUAAUUGCUCUUAAUAUUGAUGUACAAUGACUGGAUCUCAAGUGAAGAAAGCCGGUGUGACCGAUGUGGACGGCGUGACCCCUCCAGUGAAAGGAAUAUUGCGUCAUGUAAAGUGGGAGCAUCUGGUUGCCGGAGUAAGCGGCGGGGCGGCGUCUACACUACUUCUCCAUCCUCUAGACUUAGUCAAAAUAAGAUUUCAAGUGAAUGAAGGGACAGCAACGGUAGGACAUAUAGACAGACCAGAGUACAGGGGUAUUGUUGACGCCUUCAGAACGAUACGGAAAACCAGUGGUUUUACUGGGCUGUACCAGGGAGUGAAACCCAAUGUGCUGGGCUCAGCUUCAUCCUGGGGAUUUUACUUCAUGUUUUAUAACAGUAUUAAGACCUUUAUGCAAGACGGAGACACAAAAGUAGAUUUAGGAGCUGGAAAACACACUUUAGCAGCUUCAGGGGCAGGGUUACUGACUUUGGUGCUGACGAACCCUCUCUGGGUUGUGAAAACAAGGUUGUGUCUUCAGUAUGAAACCAAUAUUACCUCCAUAAAGCCAGAAAAGUAUUACUCAGGAAUGAUUGAUGCCCUCUACAAAAUAUACAAAUAUGAAGGUGUUCUUGGACUUUAUAAGGGUUUUAUACCAGGAAUGUUUGGAAUUUCUCAUGGAGCUAUUCAAUUUGUGUGUUAUGAAGAGAUGAAAACCAAAUACAACAAUUUCAAACAGAGACCAAUAGAUUACAGACUAAACUCAGCUGAGUACAUAGCCUUCGCUGCCCUCUCCAAGAUAAUAGCCGCGACUGUGACGUAUCCAUACCAGGUGGUCCGAUCUCGUCUACAGGACCAACAUCGCAGUUACACUGGUAUCAGUGAUGUCAUUAGGCAAAUUUACAGGUUUGAAGGAAUGCGAGGAUAUUUUAAAGGAAUGAUGGUGUAUUUGUUUCAUGUGACUCCCAAUAUCUGCAUUGUGUUUCUUGUGUGGGAACAAGUGAUCAGUUAUAAUAAUAGAACAUGACUCAAAGGAAUAUAAAUCACUGUGACGUUCCAAUGGAAAAAUAUUCAAGGAGUCCCAGAUGCCUGGAGUUAAUUCAGUCUGAAAAUUACACAAAUGGAGAUUCUUAAAAAAGAUACUGUUGUUGAAGAGAGGAAAAUGUAGUGUUGUAUUUUUGUGUGCAAAAACGUUUAAGAAUUCUCAGGGACUAGUAUAGAUAGAUCAUAUGCUAGCUGUAUAUUGCCACAAAAAUUCCACUUUUACAAGUUUUAUUUACAGUACUUGGUACUAAUUUUAGUUUUAAAAUUUAGUUGUGUGUUCAGAAGAGAUUGAAAGGGUUCAUCAAUCACGAUCUUUUGAUCAGCGAUAAUACCCAUAUAUUUUGUUCUAAACAAAACAGAAGCAUAGCUUUCAGAAAUCAAUGUUUUUGUGAAUCUCUUUAAAUUUUUUUAUUUGAAAAUUUUUAUUUAUUGAAUUGUAUUUUAUUGUGGAUGUAUUCUUUAAGAUACGUAACAGUGAAUCCUAUUCAAACUGUAUUUUACCUAAUAUUAGUUUUAACAAACUACUUAAAAGAAAAUCUGAAUCCAGUUUAGUGGUAAACAUAAUUUUAAAAAGCCACUAUCAAAAUGAAUGUAUUACUUCUUACACUACAUUAUAUAAUUAAUCCUAUGAAAGCAUACAAUGCUUAAAGGUAUACAUACACAUGUACUACCCUUUUAAAAUGUUUUUUCAAUCUUUGAAGAAAAAAAAAUAUAUAGGCUAUAUUUUUUAAUGAAUAUUCACGAAUGGGGAGUACUGCACAAGUCGAUUUCUGGCCAAAAUGACCACCCCUUCCAUCUAUAUUAUUCUAAUUUUCUACUCGCACAGAAAGCAAAUUGGCUUUUUAAGCUCUAUGCCAGUUAUUGUAUAUUGAAAAAGUUGCUUCAUAAUACUACACACAGUGGUGAUACUCUAAAUUGUGCAUUUAUUUGUAACAAAAAAAAAGAAAAUACAACAGGAUUUUAUGUGAUGCUGUUAAAUACAUGUACAAUUGUGUAAUUUUCCACCAAAUUUUAACAUUUAACUUCCUUUUUAAGGAUAAAAUUGCAGCAUGUAUGCAUUUACCACUUCAUCUAUCUUACUGACAAUGUUAUCUCUUAAGAAAUGUAUUUCUCAGACUUUUUCUGGUUUAAAAUUAAUUUAAGGGCAGUAGAUACACCUAUUAUACUGACGUAAGCACUGUCUUUCAUUUGAGGCCAAAGAGAUUUUGACACUAUUUGCAUUUUAUAGGUGUAUUUGGAUGUCUUAUUUUUGUGAUAAGAGUUGUCCCUCCUGUGAUCACAAAUGCAUGUAAAUCCAGCUGAUGCCCUUCUAAACACAUUAGUAUAAUCGCUAGGGUUUCAGAAAAACUAUAAUUUAAAUUUUAAAAAAUGCCUUUGACAAAUGUAUUUUAAUUUCAAAGAUUUAUUGUGCCUUAAUUCAAAUUUGGCCGGCCAUGCAUAAAUAUCAACUCCUUAAACCCAUCAAAAAAUAUAUAUUUGCAAAAAAUGUUCAUUGUAGUACUUUUAUGACAAUCAUUCUAGGUUUUUAAAUUCAUGACAGAAACCUGCAUACUAAUAAGAAGUUGUUGUAAAACUGAUUGAUGAUUUUUGAUGGCCACUAAUACAAAUAUUUUACCUUGUUUACUUCUCAUGAUCUUAAUCUGCAUCUUGUAAUUUGAUGAGUGAUGUAUGAUGCCUACUCCAUCUGUUAAUUCACAGAAUUUCUUUAUGAUUUUUUUUAGAAUGAAUUCAAGUUAUUUUAUGGCUUAGAAAUAUUAUUUAUACUAAACAGUAUUCAAUGGUUUCAAAGCAUUUUUGCUUGCACAACAGAUGUGUAGUUAAGUUUCUCUGAUUUUCAAAUGUGCCUUUGAUUAAUAUUAUUUAAAUGAAUAUUCUGAAUUAUUUUUACAAUAACCAUAUGUCUUGUGAAGAUAAAUAUUGUUACUGAGUUGUGAGCUGUUCAAAAAUUAAAAAGAAAUAAAAAGUUUUAUGUAUACUCUUAGCUAUCUGAUAGGAUUGCCUUAAUUUUAAACAUGUGGUUAAUUGAUAUUUUCAGGUAUGAAGGAUUGUGGGCUUUUUACAAAGGACUUACCCCUAACCUGUUACGAGUCACGCCUGCCUGUUGUAUCACAUUUGUAGUGUAUGAAAAUAUCAUUUCACUGAGUUUUCACAGAAAUUAAAAUUCUCAAACAAGUAAAUGUUUUUUGUGUGAUGUGAGAAAGAAUGGAAGAAUUGUUGCCACAAACGUGCGACUUUUAUACUCAGUUAACAUCAUGAUGAUCGCAGGGUCUGUGUGGCGUGUACAUAUAAGUGUUCAUUCAAAGCUAUGUCUCUUUUACGAGUGUGGCAGAUCUCAUAAUAUUUGUCUUGUAGACACUUGUACUUUGUGUUUAAAGCCAUUUUAUGUGAUACUGAUAUUUUUAAAGGUUACAGAGCUAACCUUGAUGUUGAAAACAAUUGAUUAAAAAUGAGUUUUAAACAACA